AUGUCGAAAGCCCGUGAGCCCGAGAAACCCGUCUCCUCUGAAACCUCUUCUGACGACGAUUCCUCGUCUGAGGAAAUCGAAUCUGAGCCAGAGAAGCUCGUCACAUCUGAAACUUCUUCCGACGACGAUUCCUCUUUUUUCUUGUGGGAUUCUGGGUCUGAAUCCGAAUCCCACAAGAAGUCCAGAAAAAAAUCCAAAGCGAAUGGCAAGGACAAGGCCACCGCCGCCUCCGCUUCACAGGCCAGAUCUACCAGAAAGAGGGCCGUCGAGGAGGUUAAGGGGACGAAACCCACUGUCACCAAAGAGUCGAAGAACAGCAAGAAGGCUGAACCCCAAACCCCUGUCGGAUUCGGAUUCGGAUUCAGCCUUCUUGCUGGUCUUCGAUUUCUUGGUGACAGUGGGCUCCGUCCUCUCAGAUCUACCAGAAAGACGGCCGUCGAGGAUGCUGCUAAUACUUGCAAUAAUAUUAAGGAUUCAGUGGCAAGUAAGAGGAGGUUUGUGCGGAUGACUGAAAGGUUGUUGAGUGGUUUAGGCGAGAAUAUUCCAGCUGUUGGGGACCUGAAGCUCGAGGAGGGAGAAAUGGGGGUUAAGGAGGACAAAGAAGCAUGGAAGAAGCUCGAGAAUAAAGAAAUGGAGGUCUUGGUGAGGCAUUUUGAGCUCAAGACUCAACAGUCAAAGCUUCUUCUGCAGAUCAUGAAUCACAUCCCCCAGCAUCUCUGCGACGUACAGGCUCCGGUUAGGGUCUCCAAGGUCAGGUUCCUCCUCAACAAUCUCAUCACCUAUCUCGAUUCUGGCAAGGAUACGGGGCCGACUGGUGAUAGAGUCAACCGGCGAGGCGAUGUGGUUGCCUUCUCCGGUGAGUGUUCACUGGGACAAAGCCUCGCCCAUCGCGAAGGAUACAUGAAAGACGACAGGUUGCGGCGAGCGGCAGGAUGA